AUGGCAAACUUCAACAUGAACAUAAUGACUUCGUAUUCUCAUCUGCUCGGCUCAUCAACAAAAAUUCCAAUGUUGCUUCCCGAAUACUACGAUCAGUGGGCUGAUUGUAUGGAAGACUACUUAAAUGGUCUGGAUGAAGAGUUGUGGAAUUGCAUCAAAGGAACAAUACAACCUCCAUCAAAUGUUCAAAAUAUUGUUUCAUAUGGAACUACUUAUGCUGUUGUAGAUCAACCAACAAGACUGGAGAAACACGAAAAGCGUUGUAUGAGGGAAUUGAGAGGUGCCUUGCCACAUGUUGUUUAUAACCACAUUCGUGGUUGUAAAACUGCUAAGGAUAUCUGGAAUACUCUCAAGGAAAAGUAUCAAGGAAGUGAGAAGACUAAGAUCAAUUCUGUUAAGCAAUGUUUGGUUGAGAUGAAAGAGUUCAAACAGAAGGAAACUGAAACAAUUGAAGUUUACUAUGAUUGUCUGAAUGAGUUGAUAUACAGAUGUAAUCGAUAUGGAAUCAUAAGGUCUCUAAUGGAGUAUAAUCUUACUUUUAUCAUGGGACUUAGGAAGGAAUGGAGGAGUGUUAGUCUGAUGAUCAAAAAUCAACAAAGCUUUGAUAUUUCUUCAUUGAAUGAUGUUUACAAUCAACUGAAGACACAUGAAAGUGAAGUAUCUGAGAUAAUGGAAGAAGCGAAACAGAUUUUAGGAGGACCACUAGCUCUAGUUUUGAAAGUGUCUAAAGUGGAAUUUGCUGAAAAGGAGAAUUCGGACGAAGAAGGUUUUCUUAUGAAUUCUGAUGAUGAAGCUAUUACUUUUUAUUCAAAUAAUCGUGUUAAGAAGUUCUUCAAAAAGCCUUUUAAUUCUAAGGGAAAGCAGAGUGAGAUAAAAGGAAAUCUUACGAAGUCUGGUAUGGAAGAGAAAAAGAAAUUUGAAAAGCCUGAGAAGAAUGAUGAUAAAGUAAAAGACUUGAAGGCGGAAAAGAAAUUGAAAGGAGAUUCUGGUGUAGAUUGUCAUUACUGUAAUGGUGCGAAUCAUUUUGCAAUUGAUUGUAUGCUUCGAAAAAAAGAGGAGAAGAAGAAUAGAGUGAAGAACGAAGCUUACUAUGCUGAAAAACUGGAGGAAGUUCGUGAGAAAGCCAAGAGUUUGUCUCUUGUGGCAAGAGGAGAGAAUGAAGAUGAAGAAAGUGGUACACAUCAGAUUUGGUCAUCCGGGUCUGGUGAUGAGGAGAUGAGACAUCCUACUCAUGGUGCCAUGUUUGUAGAAUUCGAGAGGAAGAAAAAGAAGAGAUAUCUGGACAUUUCUUCGUUUUGA